GCUCUUCGCCUUCGUCGGCUGGUGUCGCUCAAGUUGAGUUCUUGCCAGAGGCUCUUUGAGGCAAUGCUCAAGCCUGACGGCUUAGGGGCUGCGCCUCUCCCUCCUUCACGCCUCUCUCUCGGUGUUCUCAACAGUCGACGCGAUGAGCACACGAUGGGAUGGUGGAGAUUCAAAGAUGUGCUGCCGGAGUCAUGAGGCUGUCGACAAAGGUCUUCUUGAGCUCCCAGAAUCAGGACCACAGGACGCCCAACGCAUUCACGUCCUCCAGGAGAGAGCACAGCGACGACUCCCUGCGGUAUCCACGAAUGGCAUCAUGCAUACUGCGUGGUCUUGAUAUGGACCCGGCCAGGCGUCAUCACUUCUCCUCCACAGCCCUAUCUCCAGAGCCCCCAGUAUGUAUACCGGUCCUUGUACGUGGCUCGAAUCGGGGUCCAUCCACGCGCCUCCUCUCGCCACCAUCGAGUCUUGCGGGCGGCCGCAAAGGGCGUCGGAUAUGCCAGCUCAGCGGCCGAGGAUCAUAUGGACCAAAAGGAGCUCGACGCCACGGUGCCGGACUGGAAUUGCGCUUGGAUCUACCUGGUUCGAUUAGCGUUGAGGGACUAUGCGCUGUUCCGGUGAGGAGUGGUGCAAUUCGCCCGAGAGACCAAUGGAGGCAUAGGAUGAUGCAUUAUGUCUUCCAGAGCAUCAGCAAGCGCCAUUACCCGCCCAACGGAAGCGAGACACGAUAGCCAGGCAACGAAGGGGCAAGAGAGUAAAAUAAAGGCGGUGUAAGAGGCAAGGCUGAUGUGCCGGCUGUGAGCGAUCGAACGGAGGUUUGAGACCCCUGCUGGGGACCACGUGGGAAGAGUGUGCAUGCGUCCGAUAAUGCUUCAACAACGGCGAAGGAAUCGAAGAAUUGACAGAUUGCGUCCUCAGGCAGGCUGGGAAGCGCCGUCUUUUCAGGCGCUUCGUAAUUCCUUCUUCGCUGCCACCAACAUCGCCGCGCCGCCACCACGACGAGGGACGUCAAGGGAGGGGG